GCGAUCUUGGAGACGUUGUGAUAAGCCCAACCACAUAACACAGACGAUAUCCCGAUCACUCGCACACUCUCGUCGGGCUUGGCGUGCAGUGGCUUGCUUCGGCUACUUUUCCCUAGCCUAAAGUGGCGCAAGUUCUUCUCGCGUGUCUCGCGUAGCGCUAGUCACUGGUUCCGUUGCGUUGCGUGUCUCACCAUUGUAGCAUUUAGGUCACCUGCAGCAGCUGCCGGGCGCAUCUGACAACCCACCUUAUCCUCGGCUCCUGAUCUCCCGCCAAGAAUAGUCUCCCUCGGCCUACUAUCGCAUCGUUCGGUGCCGACGGCGGCUCUUGACGAUUUUUCGUGCCAUUCUUGACGGCUUUUCGUUCCAUCCUUGACGACUUUCGUGCCAUUCCUGACGACGUUCUGCCAGUUCGCGUCGGCGUUCUCCUUCCGCCAUACGUCAACGACUCGUGUCCAGCAGCCUGGCGGCGUCAUGGCUUCGAAGCGUCCCCCGGAGCCUGAAAGCGCGCCGAGCCUGUCGUCCAUGGAGAAUCUGCAGCGCGUGGAACAGAGAAUAAUCGACGCUGUCAAAUGCGCAGGCAAUGUCAUGCAGCUGCUCGGCCAAUCAGGGCGCUCCGCACCAGUAGGAGGUGGAGGUCCUGGCCGUGGCCACCUACCAGGGCACCUUCCUGGAAGCCUCGCUGGAGGGGGGGGGUGGGAGGGGCAAGCAGAAAGCCAGAGGUGGUGGCUGGGAUGUGCCAGGAGUUUAUGACAGCCAUGCGGGAUGUCCAGGUGACCCUGCGCAAUGAGAUCCGCAUCAUGUGUGAGUACCGGUCCUACGAGAACAGUGACUAUAUGGAGCGCCUGCUAGCCGAGCUCAGUGCCGAGAAGCUGGACUGCUUGGGAAAUCGCAUUCAGCACCUUCAGCAGAUCUUGGGUAAUGAUGGCGACGAUGAAAAUGAUGAUGACGACGAGGAUGGCAAUGAUGGUGAUGAUGAUGGUGGUGUUGCUGGGGGCAAAGAGGGUGUUGAUGACGGUGAUAGCACAAGGCGCGGCGUUCACGAUGGCACAAAAAAUGGGAAUAAAAUUAGUGGAGAGGAUGGAGUGCAUGGCUCUUUGAAUGGCGGUGAGGGGCCGGAGGAGGUGGGUGUUGGUGGAGAGCUGAAUGAUAGUCCCCCGACAAAAUCGGGGGAACAAAUUGAGGACGAUAUUGGUUUGCCUUCGAUGUUCCUGUCCAUGCUCCCUGUAGCCAGAGAAGAUUCACCAUCGUAAUUUCAAUGUUAAAGUUGGUG